AUGGAAACUCAUCACGCGAUACGAGAUACUCUCACGUUUCAUAACAAGGAUUACCAACCAUUACAUGUGGAUCUAUUUGAAUUUGAUGAAAAGUUUUUGGAUCCGGUGUUUGUAAAGGCUUGCAAGGAUGCCAAACAAUUACAUUCUUAUUUUGAAUUAAUGCAAAACGCACAAGAUGAGGAAAGAUUUAAUCAAAUUCGAAAAGAAUACAAUCAAAAGAAGAGAGAAAUACUACUCACCAUCCUGACAGAAGAAGUUCCUCAAGUUUACUCUUUGGUGAUUUUUACGGAUGAAUUUUGUAACAAGUUAAUUGAAGAAAAAGAUCAUUAUGAAAAGACACAAAAUGUAAAAUUACGACCCAAUUCAAUGAAUAAUUACGGAAUUGUCAUCGAUGAGAUUGGAAUGGGUAAAUUCUUUGAUGUGUUUGUUCGGGAUUACUUUUCUCCACUCGCUAAAAUCAUGAAUCCAGCUGGUUUUGAUCUUGAUGAUCAUCAUACAUUUUUGGUGGAGUAUUUCAUUGGAGGAGACUCUGAUCUUUCGGUCCAUGUGGAUGACAGCGAAUUAACACUAAAUGUAUGCCUUGGAAAACCAGGGUUUGAGGGAGGCAAUUUGUUUUUUAGAGGUCAUAGAGACCAUCCAAACACAUACAAUCAAUACUUUGAAUAUAAGCAUGUGGCAGGACGAGCAGUCAUGCAUGAUGGAGCAAUGAUGCAUGGUGCCCUACCAUUGACCAAGGGAGAGCGUGAUAAUUUGAUUAUUUGGGCUCGAUCAACAGAGAUGAGAAAACAAAUUGAAAUUGCCAUGACGGAAAUGCAAGAAAAAGGAGAGCAUUGUUGCUGUGACCAAGAUGACGAUCAAGAGGAACAUUUGUGCUGCAGCUCUGAAAACUGCACAAACGAACAUGAACACAAAUGUGAACACCAUCACUAG